AUGGCUGUCCCCGAGGGCACCGCAGCGAGAUCGGGCACGGAAACUGUGGCCUGCGCGGCCGCUUCGGGACCCACUGGUCCCCCCGAGGCGGACUUGGCUGCCCAGCCUGGGCAAGCUCCCGCGGGCGCUCCGGGGGAGUUCAGACGGCCGCCGACCUCCUGCACGGGGGCGAGGCCGACAGACAUGUCCGCAGUUCCGGCCGAUUCGCCCAUGGCGUCGCACGAGCUGAACGGCGCAGCUCCCACGCCUGCGCCCGCGGCGCCAGGGCACGGCCCUUCCGCGGCCGAGGAGCCGCGGAAGCCCGCCGAAAUCGCGGUCACGCGCUUCGACGGAGACGACGCACACUUCUCGGAGCCGCAGGAGCCGCAGAACCCCCCCGGGGGGGACUCGGAAAGCGACAUUGGCAUCAACAGUGACGAGGAGGAACCCAGGGAGGCCGCCGCGGCGGACGCGGACAUGGACGGCGACGACGACAACGUUUCCGUGCCCGUCAUCUGCAAUGGGCUCCAGGGAGUCUUCUACGUCGCGGACCAGAUGUUCGUGUGCACGUGCGCGUCGUGUCUGCGGCGCGCGGAGGCCGGGAACGAGCUCCGGAUGACGCCGACCGAGUUUGAACGACAUGCCGGGAUGGCCGCGAGCAAGAAGUGGAAGUACUCCGUGCGGAUCCUGCAGCCCGAUGGGUCGCACUCGCAGGCGCUCACGCUGGGCCGGUGGAUGGACGACCACAACAUCACCACCAAGUACAACCGGUCCUCGAAGCCGUCGCGCGUCGGGCGCGCGGACGGCAAGGCCAUCGGCGUCGCGGCGCAGCGCGACUCGGGCGUACGCCGCUCCUCCAGCCGCGCCGCCCUCAACCUGUUCAAGACGAUCGCCAGCCGCACGCCGCGGCGGGGACCCGAGCUCGCGCUCGACGAGGGUCAGUUCUCGGCGGACGCGCGGAUCAACGUCGGGCCGGGGUACCAGGCCAGUCCGCUGCCGGAGUGGCGGCCGCGUCCGCGCGGCAUCUCGGACGCGGCGGAGCACCGUCUGACCGGGCUGCCCGGGCCAUGCGAGCAGGACGCCCUGGCGCACGACGAGCUCGCGGAGGCGCCCGAGGGCCUCGUGGACGACCUCGCGGCCGAGGAGGUCGAGCUCGAGGCGAAGCGCGCCGCGGAGGAGGCGGGGGAGGACGUGGUUGCCGCGCGCGGACGCGUCGCCGUGCUCGAGGGCCGCACGCAGCGCACCCGCAAGGCGCCGCAGUGGCUCGAGGGCAGCGUGAACCCGAUGCACGUGUCGUCGCUGUGCGGGUACGAGCAGGUGCGGCACGGGCGGCAGGAGGACGCGGCGGGCACGUUGCCGCACAACCCGCUGCACCAGGCGGCGGGGCAGGGCGGGUUCGCGGACCACUCCGGCGGAGGGCACGACCGCAGCACGGGGCCGUCGCCGGCGACGCACGUGAGCUUCGGGUCGGGCGCGACGGCGGCGGCGGCGCAGGUGCAGCGGCUGGGGCUCUACCCGCGCUCGAGCUCGAAGCGGCAGAGCCACGCGAGCCUCGCGGUGCAGCCGGAGCACGACGAGGGCCCGAUGAAGCGCAUGCGCAUGUCCUCGCUGUGCUCCCUCGCGGCCCUCGCCGCCGUCGACGACGGCGACGCCGACGUGUCCCUGUCCGACUGGUCGCUGCGGCCGUCCGGAGACCUCCAGGUGACGGUCUCGCUCAACGGCAUUCCCUACAAGGGCGUCCUGCAGCCCGAGGGCGGGCUGCUGCGCGGCUCCGGCAACGCGUACCUCUCUGCGCCGGACCUCGCGGCAAUCGCGCGCGUCACCGCACCCAGUGGCGGCGGCGGCGGCGGCGGCGGCGGCGGCGGCGGCGGCGGUGGUGGUGGUGGCGGUGCGGCGGCGCGCAAGACGCCCGGGAGCUCGCCGCUGCUCCCCGGCGUGCGCGCUGCCACCGGGGAGCCUGCCGCGCAGGACGACGACGCUGUGCCGAGGGGCGUGCUCGCGCCGUCGCCGACGGCGCCGUCCGGGACGCGGUGCUCGCUGUGCGACAUGGCUGGCGAGGCGCCGCUGGAGGGCCCUGCGGGGCGCAAGACGUCGGGGCUGGGGCAGCUGGUGCAGGUUGGGGCGGCGUGGGUGCACGACCAGUGCUUGAGGUGGAGCGGGUCGGUGCGCGCGGUGGGGACGCGGCUGGAGGGCGCGUCGCAGGCGGUGAGCACGGCGCGCAUGACGCGGUGCGCGGGGUGCGGGUCGUCGGGCGCGAGCCUGGGGUGCAUGGGGCGGGGCUGCAACGCGGCGUUCCACCUGCCCUGCGGGCGCCUCAAGGCCGGGGCGUACUUCCAGGCGCGGCCGUACAAGUUCUUCUGCCCCGCGCACGCGAGCCAGGCGGGGCCGGGGCCCGCGAGCCCCACACCCCCCCCCCCUGACAACAGGGCCAAGGCCGACGGCGCCGCCGAGGCGGGCCUCGGGAUCCUCGGGAACGUCGCGGGGAUGGAGGGCAACGACGGGCGGCUCGCGGAGUUCGCGGCGGCCGCGCAGGCCGAGGGCGGCAUGCUGCCCCCAGGCGCGGACGGCGCGGCGCGCGGCGCGCGGGGGCGCGGUCCGGGCGCUGCGCGGUGUGCGUCCGGCAGAGGAAGGGCCGCUGCGGCACGGAGUCCGCGCCGCGGCAGUGCCUCAAGCGCACGGACUCGAUGGGGUACGUCUCGGGCGGGUCGCGGCCCUCGGGCGGCGGCGGGCCCUCCACGCACGGCAGCUACAGCGACCAGGAGGACGAGGUGCCCGAGGGCCGCGGGGCGCGGCAGCGCGUUCCUCCGGGCGCGCGGCGGGCGCAGAGCCGGCACGCCUCGGCCGGCGCGCUCGACACGCUCGGCGGCGGCGGCGCGAAGGUGUCGGCGGCGCAGGCGUCGGCCGGGAUCCACGCGUCCGGCGCGAGCGCGACGGACCUGA